AUGACUAUCGCGAACGACAUCCAAACUGAACAAUCCUACGUUUUCCAAGCUAGUGUGGAUAAACUAGGCCCUCAAGUCACUGAGGGCAAAGGGAUUUACAUCACUAUCGAGAAGGAUGGAAAAAUCCAUAAGAAUGUUUUGGACGCCAUUACUGGUGCCGCCGUCGGAGCAUUAGGAUGGGGCGAUGAAGAAGCUCUUGAAAUAAUGGACAAAUCUGCUCGCGCUUCAACCUAUUCUUACCCAUGUCUGAUCUCCAACAAGAGCUCUGAAGCAUUGGCCAAAUUUUACAUUGAAAAUUCUCCUGAAGGCGCUUUCUCUGCUGCACUGUGGUGUUCCUCCGGCUCAGAAAGUAACGAAAAUGCCUUGCGGAUAAUGAGACAAUAUUACUUGGAACGUGGGUUGCCAAACAAAGUGAAGUUAAUGAGCAGAGAAAGCUCUUAUCAUGGAUUCACAUUGGGCGCCCAAUCUAUGUCAUGGAACCCAAGGGUCGAACCCUUUGAACCCUACUUGAUGGACCGCAAGAAAAUCAACAUCAAAAUACCUUGCGCAUACACCUACCGCUACAAAAAGGAGGAAGAAACUGAAGAAGAUUAUGCCAGAAGGCUCAUCGAUGAUCUCGAAAAUAAGAUUGUGUCCAACGAUCCUGAUACCAUCGCUGCAGUGGUAGUUGAAACAUUACCAGGGUCAUCUCUGGGGACGACCCCUCCACCAAAAGGAUACUUAAAAGGAAUAAGGGAACUGUGCAACAAAUACGACAUAAUAUUUUACCUGGACGAAGUUAUGUGCGGUACCGGAAGAUGCAACCCCAACGGCAGGUUAAACUGCUGGGAAAAUUACCUAGACCCUUGUGAUGCACCAGAUAUUCAAACUGUGGGAAAAACGCUAGGCUCUGGAUAUGUCCCCAUUGCUGGAGUUCUGAUCGGACCGAAAAUCAAGAACGCUUUCCUUAAUGGGUCCAAAGCAGUUGUCGGUGGUCAUACUUACUCUUGUCAUGCAUUCUGUUGUGGCGUCGCGUUAGGUGUGCAGCAAAAGAUCAAAAGAGAGAACUUAACAUCGAAUGUGUUCAAGAUGGGAAACUUGAUGGGAGAAAAGCUCAAAAACACCUUAUUGGCCAAAUCAAACAUUGUCGGCGACGUGAGAGGUGUAGGUGGGUUUUGGUCUGUCGAAUUUGUGAAGAAUAGAGAAACGAAGGAGCCAUUUGACAUCAGCCUAGGGGUUGGUCCUCGCUUCAAAGCUGUUUGCUUUGACAAUGGUUUGAGUGUUAUGGGGAUGCCUGGAAACCCCGAUGGAUCAUGUGGCGAUAGAGCCCUAUUAGCCCCAUCUUUUAUCAUUACUGAAGAAGUCGUUGACGAUAUAGUUGGAAAGAUGGUGAAGUCUGUGGCUGAACUAACUGAUGAACUCAAGUCUGAAGGGAUCUUCUAG